GCGGCGCUUCUCCGGACAGCCGCGGAGACUACUACGACGGCCCGCACGAAGAGUAUUCCGACGGCCGCUACGAUGGCGACUACGAGGGCGACUACUCGAUGCCCACCGAGGAGGACCAAGACGAGGAGUCGUGUUCCUGUCAGAGCCAGAGCGAGUUCAGCUCGAUAGAGCGCACCGAGUCGGACUCGGAGUGGGAGGAGCUCUCCGACGGCCCUUCCCCCAGGGUCUCCCCGCUGGAGUCCCUCGGCGCAGUCGUGCUCUCCACAAUGCAGCCGGAGCACCGUCAGCGCAUGAUGGCCUUGUACCACCUCGUCUUGGAGACCGCUGUGGUCAAGGUCGUGCUGCUGGUGCUGCAGAUGCUGUGCUGCGCGGUGUUCUGGCUGGUCGAGAAGACCCGCCAGUUGCUGUGGCGCAUGGCCAAUGCCCGGGGCGACGAGACGCUCGUCUUCUUUGCCGUGCUCAUGACCACGCCCUGGCUAUUCUCCCUCAGCCUCCUGGGAUUCAUCCUGUCCGGCGCUCCUGAAGAAGACCGUCGAGGAGCUGGUGUUCCAGAUACGCCUGCACCUCGUGCUCUAGGGGGCAGCCAUCGACCAGAAAGCAGCAAGCAGUAUCCAAUCUCACACUGA